AUGCCCGGCAUCGACCUCCAAACCGCAGGCCUUGCUGUCAACGAUGGCCCUCUGCUCCCAGGAAGCUUCGACUUUCUUACGCAGUCAUCGCCUUCUGAGCCCUUAGACGUUCUCCGUGCCCGCUACGAGGAGGAUGGAAUGCUCCUCUUGAAGGGCCUUAUCCCACGCGAAGAUGUCCUUCGCGCGCGCACCAAAUACUUUGAAAUGAUGGCACCUUCCGGUGUGCUCCAGCAGGACACUCAGCCAGUCCAGGGAAUAUUCAACUCGGAUGGCUCCCCAGAAGAUUUCCCCGGAAUCGGUGCCGGUGCAACAGGAAACGAUGGUCGUCCCGGCGGCGAAAGUGCGCAGGCCUUCGUCGACCUAGCCAUCCAGGCGCAUUAUGAAGAUUGGUAUACGCAGGACCUCGCGGGGCACCCUGCCUUGAUUGAUUUUGUGGCAAAGCUUACGGGUUGGAAUGAAAAUACCCUGGAGUUGAAGCGAUCCUUGCUGAGGAAUAAUGUUCCCGGCACAAAGCCCAUUGGCGUUCAUUACGACCAGAUAUUCUUGAGAUAUGGCGACCCGACCAGCGUGACGGCAUGGGUCCCGAUAGGAGAUGUCAGUCUGACUGGCGGGGGUUUAAUAUACCUCGAGGAUGGUGACGCAGUAGGAACGCAGAUCGAACAAGAUUUCACCAGAAAAGCGCUCGAGUCCGGUUUAACGGAAGAACAAGCUAGGAAUGCCUUCAACCAAAACAUGAUGUCCACUGGACUUCUGUCCGAAUACCCCGCAGAAUUUGCUCGGAAAUACAACCGGCGGUGGUUGGUGUCGGCGUAUGAAGCCGGAGAUGUUGUCUUACACAAGCCACAUGCUAUACAUGCCUCGACGGUGAACAAUGACCCGGAUAAUGUCAUUCGACUGGCAACCGACCUCAGAUUCGUGGAUAAGUCGAAGCCAUAUGAUACGAGAUGGACAAAGUAUUAUGAGUUUAAUGAUGGUGUUUGA